AGUACCGUGGAGUGGAGUGAUCAGCAGACCGAUACACCCAAAACAAUGAAUUCACGUGAAGAGGAGGACCUGGGGAUUGACACAAGUAGCGGACACUAGAGUGGUCAAUGCCUGCGCUUUGUACGACGGUCAUGGGCUGGCGUAGUACAGGUGAGCCAACGUGAGAUCCAAAGGCACAGCGUUGGACCACUGGCACAUGGGAUUCUUGUCAUCCUAGCUUACCCACAUUUGUCUCACUGAAGAGAGAUGUCAAGAGACAGCAUGACUGCGGUGCGAGGAGCCCAUUCACACAAUGCCAGCCCAACAGCUCAAAAGGAGAAUGGACACACCUCGCCGAACCCCGUCCCACCUAGUCCGAACUUUCCUCAGCCUUCAACGGAGGACAUACCAGGACAUAGCCACAUGUCUUCUGCCAGCGACCUCACACAUACCUGGGCCCAUUUCGUGAAGACAUUUGUUUUGAUAUUUCCCAUUUACGCAUUGGGUUACUUAGAGUUUAGCUUCAGCUGGCUGUUGAUAGGACUUGUUAUCUUUUUCUGGUGGAGAAGAAUCAUAGGGAGGAAAUACAACAGAUUGCACCGGGCACUUUCUUUCUUUGAGCAGGAGGAAAGGGGUGUGAAGAGUCUUACAACGUCUGAUCUACCAUCAUGGGUCCACUUCCCAGAUGUAGAACGAGUGGAAUGGAUAAACAAGACUGUCAAACAGAUGUGGCCAUACAUCUCACAGUUUGUGGAGAAGUUGUUCCACGAGACGAUUGAGCCCAGUGUGAAGGCUUCCAAUGCUCACCUCAGUACCUUCUGCUUCACGAAAGUGGAUAUAGGAGACAAACCCCUGCGGGUCAACGGGGUCAAGGUUUACUCUGAAAAUGUGGAUAAACGCCAGAUCAUUAUGGAUCUCCAAAUCAGCUUUGUCGGAAACACAGAAAUUGACGUGGACAUCAAACGGUAUUACUGCAAAGCUGGAAUUAAAAGCAUUCAGGUCCACGGUGUGCUGAGGGUGGUGAUGGAGCCACUGCUGGGGGAUAUCCCACUUGUUGGAGCAUUGUCUUUGUUCUUCAUCAAGAAACCACUCCUAGAUAUCAGCUGGACUGGCCUCACCAACAUCCUGGACAUUCCUGGACUCAAUUCCUUCUCUGAAAGUCUCAUUCAAGAUAUAAUCUACAAUUAUCUGGUGUUACCCAAUCGCAUCACUAUCCCACUGGUGGGGGAUGUGGAGCUGGACCAGCUACGCUUUCCGAUGCCAAAGGGAGUUCUCCGGAUUCACUUUUUGGAAGCUCAAGACCUUGAAAUCAAAGAUACAUUUUUCGGCGGACUAAUCAAGGGCAAGUCUGACCCUUAUGGCAUUCUGCAAGUGGGCAACCAGUUGUUCCACAGUAAGACCAUAAAGGAGACUCUGGACCCUAAAUGGAAUGAGGUCUACGAAGCGCUGGUGUAUGAGCACUCCGGGCAGCACCUGGAGAUUGAGCUGUUUGACGAGGACCCAGACAAGGAUGAUUUUCUCGGGAGCCUGAUGAUUGAUAUGACUGAGUUGUACAAAGAGCAAAAGGUUGAUGAGUGGUUUGAUUUAGAGGAGGCCCCCACUGGAAAGCUCCAUUUGAAACUGGAAUGGCUCUCUCUGCUCAACACUCCAGAGAAAUUAGACCAGGUGUUGCGAAGUGUGCGGGCAGAUUCAAGCCUGGCUAAUGAUGGACUAUCAUCUGCACUGCUCGUUGUCUAUUUGGACUCAGCAAAAAACUUACCGUCGGCAAAGAAGAGCAACAGUGAACCCAGCCCCUAUGUCCAAUUCACAGUAGGGCACAAAACACUUGAGAGCAAGAUUCGGUACAAGACCAAGGAGCCCAUGUGGGAAGACUGUUUCUCAUUCCUUGUUCAUAAUCCUCGAAGACAGGAGCUCGAGGUGGAGGUAAAAGAUGACAAGCACAAGUGCACUUUGGGUAACUUGACGGUGCCUUUGAGCAGCCUGUUGGUGGAGGAGGACAUGACGCUGACUCAGUGCUUUGCUCUUAAAAACUCUGGGCCUAGCUCCACCGUCAAACUAAAGAUGGCCCUGAGGAUUCUGUCGUUGGAGAAGCAGGGGUGCUCAGACCAGCCGUCUGGUGUCACCGUCAGAAAGUCCAGUUCGGCACAGCCAAAUAUAGCAUCCACCCAAAGACUAUCUGCAUCUUCUGACUCCACCCUGCCCCCACCCACCCCUCCUCCAGGCAUGGCUGUAUCUUCUCUCAGCCUCCACUGCAGAGAUGGAGAGCCUUACUCGGCCAGUCCUCUGCGAAGUACCUCCAACCUCAGCACCUGCAUAUCCAGCUCCCAGAAGCACCUUCCUCAUAAAGAGUCCACGCCCAGUUUGGCCUCAGACGUCUCUCUACCCUUUGCCACGCAAGAGCUCCAACAGAGACUCCGCCAUCUACAAAAUGGCUCGGCCCCAGGCCAGUAUCCCCUGGGUGAAGUCCAGCUGACGGUUCGACACAGCUCUCAGCGGAAUAAACUCAUUGUGGUGGUGCACUCUUGUCGAAAUUUGAUUGCCUUCACCAAAGAUGGCUCAGAUCCUUUUGUUCGUCUGUAUUUGCUGCCGGACAAAAGCCGGACAGGAAGAAGGAAAACAGGCACCAUGAAGAGGACUGUGAAUCCUGUUUAUGAUCAAACGUUUGAGUUUAGCGUAUCUAUGGUAGAACUACACAGAAGGAUACUGGAUGUAGCUGUUAAAAAUGGUGGCAGCCUUCUCUCUAAACACAGAGGGCUUUUAGGAAAGGCACUGGUUGAUCUGAGUGGUGAAGAUAUAUCCAAAGGAUGGACAAAUUGGUAUGAACUGAGUGAAGAUGGACUGUCUCAAAGUGUCCGAAGUAUUCAAGAUCCGCUCCUCACGUGAACACUGUUCCUCUGCUGUAUUAACAUGAUUGUUUGAUUUAUGGGCCCAUCAUUUUAAAUGUAUCUAUUAUUUUGUAAAAUUUUCUAUGGUUUUAAGCAUGUAAAACAUUUCUUAAAUUUGAAGAAAUGCUCCUAUUACAUUACAAUUGAGGUAUUGUAACAUAUUGUGUUGAAGAACACUAACUGCUUUUAUUUUCAGUGUUUUGUGUAAAUAUAAAAAGCGUAAUUUGCAAAAGUUUCUUGGAAAUAUAUUUAUUUAUUCAAAUUUAAUUUAAAUAUGUAUAAAUUGCAUUGCCUUUUGUCCAAUUUGUUAAAAUGUGAGUCUUUUACAUUAUGUAUCAAGACCUUUACCAAAGGACACAAAACAAUCAUGUAUGUUGGCAAAAGUCUCCCUGUGAUAUUGUUAUGCAGUGUUAUCGGAUUGUUUACUUUUUGAUGUUUUAUGCUUGAAUACAACUGAUGAAUGCACAAUAUGUACAGAAUGGAAAUACUGCUUGAUACUGUAAUGAUGACUGUGAGAUGCUAGAUCUGUGAAUAUUGUCUUGGACACUGAAAAGAGAUAUUUAGGGCUAUAGUGCAUUUCAAUGGAAUUGAUUUUACAUCAAAAACAAGUUGAACAAAAUGUGACAAAAUGUUAUUUAUUUUACUUGGCUGUCACUUGCCAGACGGGCUUGUACAUGUUUGCAUUGCAGUAAUGACUGUCUGAGCUUUUAAAACUGUUUAUUUAUCUAUCCUGUGCCUUACAACACUAAGUAAUUUUGCCUUGUUAUGGUUUUGAAUGGUAUGAUGCCUCAUGAAUUUUUGAAAAUAAAUGGU